AUGGCAUCGGCAUCUCCUACGUUCCAGGCAAAGAAGGCACUACGUAAACAUAUCAAGGACCAAAUUUCAGGAAUCUCACCCACAGAGAUCGGACGUCAAUCGAAGGAGGUAACAGAUCAGGUGCUCAAGUUACCAGAGUUUGGACACGCAACAAGGAUUAGCGUGUAUCUGUCAAUGCCCAAGGCAGAGCUCUGUACUGCCAACAUUGUCAGGGAAGCACUUAGUCAGGGCAAGCGAGUGUUUGUUCCUUACAUCCAGAAGCUUUCCGAAUCCACCAAGUCACGUAGUUACAUGGAAAUGUUCGCAUUGCACUCACAAGAAGAUCUUGACAGCCUGCAACCUGACGCUUGGGGUAUUCCAACGCUCGGUAGAGCCUCUCUCCAGCGCCGAGAAAAUGCAUUAGGAGGGUUGGGACCUAUAGAAGGAAAUGAUGGGGAGAACAAAGAUAUAUUCGAAGGUCUAGAUAUGGUCCUGCUUCCAGGAGUGGCGUUUGACCACUCCGGAGGAAGGCUGGGUCAUGGAAAAGGCUUCUAUGACCAGUUUUUGCAAAGUUAUUGGGAAGCGGCUUCUCGAAAUAACAUCAAUGCAAAAAUGCCACGUCUCAUUGGUCUUGCUCUGAAGCAGCAGCUCUUGCCGCCAGAUACCACUGUUCCCACGAGCACGGAUGAUUGGAGAGUAGAUCAGAUCAUUACCGGCUCCUAG